UGUUCUUACUAAAAUCCAUCACUCCGCCAAACACACCGCCCUAAAGAGAAAGGGGAGAGAGAAAGGGGAGAGCGCAAAAAUGGCAGAUAACUCGGCCGACAACCCACCAACGACACCAGACUCUCCAACCUCCGCUGGCUUCCCAACCGACCAACUUCCCCCCAACACCAACACCAGCAACUUCUCCGACGAUUUCGACACCGAUGAAGAAGCCGCUGUCGAUCCAGAAAUCGUUCGCGACGAACCUGAGGAUGUUGAGGAGGAGGAAGAAGGAGAAGAUCUUUACAAUGACGACUUUCUCAAUGAUUACCGGGGUUUGGGAGAGCAAGAUCAGUAUGAAGAGGAGGGGUUGAAUGAUUCAUUGGAAGAUGAGAGAGAUUUGAGUCAGAUUCUGCAGGAUCGUAAUGCCGCUGAAAUGGAGCUUGAAUCGCGCGAUGCUCGGGUUUCAAAUAAUCGCAAACUUCCUGAGCUUCUUCAUGAUAAUGAUACAGACGAUGAUAGUUAUAGGCCUUCAAAAAGGUCUCGAGCAGAUUUCCGUCUUCCUGCAGGACGUAGCAAUGAUGACACAGAUGCUGAGCAAAGCUCACCUGGAAGAUCACAGCAUGGACACUCAAGAGAGGAUGUACCCAUGACUGAUCAAACAGAUGAUGAUCCAGAUGAGGAUGAUGAUGAUGGGGAAGAGGAUUAUGAGAUGUACACAGUUCAGGGAACAUUGAGAGAGUGGGUGACAAGAGAUGAAGUGCGUCGUUUCAUUGGCAAAAAAUUCAAGGACUUCGUACUUUCUUACAUAAACCCAAGGAAUGAACAAGGAGAAGACUACGUUUAUGUUAGACUGAUAAAUGAGAUGGUGUCGGCAAACAAAUGUAGUUUGGAGAUUGAUUACAAACAGUUCAUCAACGUCCAUCCCAAUAUUGCCAUUUGGCUGGCUGAUGCUCCGCAAUCUGUCUUAGAGGUCAUGGAGGAAAUUGCUAAAAAGGUUGUUUUUGAUUUACAUCCAAAUUACAAAAAUAUACAUCAGAAGAUCUAUGUCCGCAUCACAAAUCUGCCAGUUUAUGACCAGAUUCGCAAUAUAAGACAGAUACACUUGAGCACCAUGAUUCGAAUUGGGGGAGUGGUUACUCGUCGCUCUGGGGUCUUCCCUCAGCUGCAGCAGGUGAAGUAUGACUGCAACAAAUGUGGGGCUGUCCUGGGGCCCUUUUUCCAGAACUCCUUUUCAGAAGUUAAGGUUGGCUCUUGCCCAGAAUGUCAGUCGAAGGGACCAUUUACCGUAAAUGUUGAGCAGACAAUAUACAGGAAUUACCAAAAGCUUACUCUCCAAGAAAGCCCAGGAAUUGUCCCAGCAGGUCGACUUCCAAGAUACAAGGAAGUUAUAUUAUUGAAUGAUCUGAUAGAUUGUGCUCGACCUGGAGAAGAAAUUGAGGUUACUGGGAUUUAUACAAAUAAUUUCGACUUGGCAUUGAACACGAAAAAUGGCUUUCCAGUCUUUGCUACAGUAGUUGAAGCAAAUUAUGUCGCCAAAAAGCAGGAUCUUUUUUCUGCUUACAAACUGACUCAAGAAGAUAAAGAAGAAAUUGAGAAGUUAUCCAAAGACCCCAGGAUAGGAGAAAGGAUUGUUAAGUCCAUAGCUCCAUCUAUCUAUGGCCACGAAGAUAUCAAGACUGCUCUUGCACUAGCAAUGUUUGGAGGCCAAGAAAAAAAUGUUCAAGGAAAGCACCGUCUGCGAGGUGAUAUAAAUGUGCUUCUACUUGGUGAUCCAGGAACAGCGAAGUCUCAGUUUCUCAAGUAUGUUGAGAAAACUGGACAGAGGGCUGUCUAUACUACAGGUAAAGGAGCUUCAGCUGUAGGGCUCACAGCAGCAGUGCAUAAAGAUCCCGUGACUCGGGAAUGGACUCUAGAAGGUGGAGCACUUGUCCUGGCUGAUAGAGGCAUUUGCCUCAUUGAUGAGUUUGACAAGAUGAAUGAUCAGGACAGAGUAAGUAUCCAUGAGGCAAUGGAGCAGCAGAGUAUAAGCAUAUCGAAAGCUGGAAUUGUGACUUCUCUCCAGGCUCGCUGUUCUGUUAUUGCUGCUGCAAAUCCAAUUGGGGGAAGGUAUGAUUCUUCUAAGAAUUUCUCACAGAAUGUUGAGUUAACAGAUCCCAUCUUAUCUCGUUUUGACAUCCUGUGUGUUGUCAAGGAUGUGGUUGAUCCUAUUGCCGAUGAGAUGCUCGCAGAGUUUGUUGUAGAUAGCCAUUUCAGGUCAAAAGCCAGUGGUACUAACAUAGAUGACAGGUCAACAAGCAAUUCUCAGGAAGCUGCAGAUCCUUUGACUAAUCAUGUUGAUCCUGAGAUCAUUUCCCAGGAUUUGCUCAAAAAGUACAUAACAUAUGCGAAGUUGAAUGUAUUCCCUAGAUUGCAUGAUGCUGACUUGGAUAAACUUACACAUGUCUAUGCUGAAUUGCGGAGGGAAUCUUCUAAUGGACAAGGUGUUCCAAUUGCAGUGAGGCACAUUGAAUCUAUGAUUCGGAUGUCUGAAUCACACGCCAGAAUGCAUCUGAGACAGCAUGUUACACAGGAGGAUGUUGACAUGGCUAUCCGCGUCUUACUUGAUUCAUUCAUUUCAACACAAAAGUUCGGAGUACAGAAGGCUCUACAAAAGAGCUUCAAGAAGUAUAUGACAUUCAAGAAGGAUUACAAUGAAUUACUCCUACAUCUUCUCCGGGGUCUUGUGAGGGAUGCGUUGCAUUUUGAAGAAAUUGUAUCUGGUUCAGCUUCAAAUCUUACCCAUGUUGAUGUUAAAGUUGAAGAGUUGCAACAUAAGGCUCAUGACUAUGAAAUUUAUGAUCUGAGACCCUUCUUCUCCAGCAGUCAGUUUGAGAGGGCGAAUUUCGUGCUGGAUGAGGAUAGGGGAGUAAUUAGGCAUCGCAUAGCUGGAUAAAGAUUGCUGAAUAUUCAAGAAACUUGGAUGCCAUUUUAUCAGAGGGAAUUCUGCGCUCAAUUGAUGUAUUGAAAUUUUUAAAAAGUUAUUAUUUAUGAAGUUAAAGUUAUGAUUGAGAGUGA